AUGGCAAUGAAUCGUCAACAUCGCAAAAAGAAGGCGCUAUACUCAUUCGAACAAGCGAGAAGAAUGGCUCGACAACAUGGUUUUGAGUCAAAGGAGGAGUUCUUAGAUUACGAUUGUCCCGGUGCUUAUCAAUUGCCAAAGAAUCCUGACGAAAUCUGGACUGCUGAGUGGCGUGGUUGGAGGGAUUUCCUUGGAAUAUGUUGGGGAUUUGAAGAAGGCAGAAGCAUUGCACAAUCUCUGAAGGUUGAUUCUAUGGAAUUUUAUCUGAAACUUUUUGAUGAGAAAAAGAUAAACGAAAGUGAUCCGGCCAGUCUUUUGCCAUAUCGGCCAGAUUUGCAGUACAAGAAAGAAUGGCGGGGAUGGGAUGAUUGGCUUAAUGGAAACAAGUAUGGUAGCAAGCUGCACAGGUGA